AUGCCAUCUCGCAAGCGCUCGCUUGCAGCCAUCGAUGGCGAAGAUAGUGAGAAAGAACACUCAUUACAGCAUCGCAUACGUAAUAUGUGGCAGUUUGCGAAUCUUUGCCAGUGGAUAUACAUAUUUGGCAAGGCUGCGAAAAUCGACGAAGCUAUCGAUGUUGAGGAAAUUGAGACAGAAUGCCUCAAGUCGAACUCCAGCGUCUUGGCGGAUAUUGCCCUUGCUCUCCUCAAACUAGUUUCGUCGCAUCGUGGUUUAACGCAUGGAAUUUUCGAUGAACAAGCACGAAAACAAUUUACGAAGAGAUCGCCGAACUACAAUCCCUUCGGUUCUGGUGAAACACCCCUCAAAUUCAACGAUUUCGACAUUUUUACCAAGAUCAAAGUUAUGCAACAACUGACACAAUGGGCCAUGAUCCACCCUGAGCGCAUUCGGGAUAAGAUGGAAGAACAAAAGGAUAGCGAGCAGACAAGUUGGCGAAUAGAACCAUACGGUUGGGAUGCAGAUGACAGAACCUACUUCGUGCUGGACGAUAACCGAGUAUAUCGGCUCACGGAACCUCCGAUGAUUUCGAAACCGACCAAAGCGAAGAAAUCCAGAGCGUCGUAUGGAAGUCGGCGCUCGAGCAAAAGACGACGCACAACUUUGAAUGCAGAAGAAGAAGUGGCUGAAACGGAUCAAGAAAUCAAAGAAGAUACACCUCUCGAAGAUGAUGGCCUCGGUGGGACGACAUGGGAAUGUCUCGCCGUAACUCUUGAUGAUGUACGAUCUGUUGUGGAUGGGUUUCGGAAAACCCGAGACGAGAAUGAGAAAAUCCUGCGUAAUCAACUAGAAAAACACCUCGUUCCUAUCCUAGAAAAACAAGAACAAUCUCGGCAACGCAGAGAAUUACAGCGAGAGCGAGAGCUCACAAACGCUGCCAAAAUGGCAAAUGCAAAACGAUCGAGCCGAAUUGCUGGGAGAGUUGAACAACAAAGGCAGGAGGAGCAGAUUCGAGAGGAAGAACGACACCGAAAGGAAGAAGAAGCAAGCAAACGACGAGAAGAAUUGGCGCAAAUUAAAAUGGAAGAGGAGCGCGAUAAAAGACUGGUGUCUCGUGAACAACGGUUACGAGAACGCGAGGCACGACGCGUCCAGCAUGAGGAAGAACUUGCACAACUCUCCGAAGACAGCAAGAACUUAUCAAGUAACAGCGCACGAGUAUCUGAGCGCCGCCUCCAAGUUGAAAUUGAGAAAAACAAGCAGGCUCUGAAGGAGCUCGAGGAUGAGGAAGAAGAUUGGAUUUUUGAUUGCACUUGUGGUCUCUAUGGCCAAGUGGACGAUGGAGCUCACAGCGUAGCUUGUGAGAGAUGCAAUGUCUGGCAACAUAGCCAAUGUGUUGGGCUGAGCGAAGCAGCAGCUGACCAGCCAGAAUUCCACUAUAUCUGUGCUUCUUGUAUUCGGCGCGAGCAAGAAGCCAAACGCCCCAGACCAACUAUCAAGCUGAAGCUCAAUCGUCCAUCUAACUCCGGCACCCGGCCAGAUCCAUCCGGCUCUUCAAGUCACUUGGGGUUAUCUUUUAGUGGGCAGGAUCGAGAGGCCAACGGGACAGGAUAUGGAGACCACGACGCAUCUAACGGCAACGUUGAACAUGGCUUAACUCCAUUGGCUUCCACCCCUGGUACUAAUGUCAAUGGCGUUGGUUUCCCAAUUAGCAUGGUGGACGCCCGCUCCGAGGUGAGUAAGGAGGUGCUUGGCACACCCAAAGGGACACCGGUGAUCCCAGCACCUGUCAAGCUAGAUGCCAGCAUCCAGGGCAGUCCAUCACGCAGUACGACUAUUACCACACCGAUGACGUCCUUCCGAACACCUAGUCCUUCGAAAGGAAUCGACAGCUUCCAGGGGGAUAAAACAGCUGAGUCGGCAUUGAGCACACCUCAGAUCAGCCGCGAGAUAUAUCGAGCAGCUCACGAGCAGAACGGAACUAUACCUUCUAUUGCUGGGCUUUCCCCAACCAAGCAUUCACCACCUCGCCCCAUCGACUCUGCCAGCUCGAAUAGAUACAAGGCUGCUACUCCAAUACUUCCUCCAGUUGCACUAUCACCCUCCCCUCAACAUCAGAUUUUGACUCCGCCAAUCAAACCAUCGGAGCCACCAAGACCGUUUGAAAACCGAUGA